AUGCAAAUUCAUGCUAAUUACAUGCUAAAUAUUGGUGCAAAAAUUUCCAAUAUUUCAAAAUGGGCCGGGCUGGCGCAACGUACGUCCCAAUACGCUAACCCGGUGUACCAGCCGCCGCCGCCGCUAAACGUCGAGAUGGUUCAACUCAUCACCAAAGCCGCCGAUUUGGCAACUACAUUAUCUAAUGCCGGAGACAAUUUAGUCAUCAUCGACUUUUUUUCAAAUUGGUGUGGUUCAUGCAAGUCAAUGGAUCCGUGCAUUAAUAAACUGGCCAAGGAGUACCCUCAUGUAGUCAUGUUAAAAUUUGAUGUUAGUGUAAACGAAGAAACCGAACAAGUAUCUAAUGACUAA